GCCCAGGUAUGUGCGACUGUUGGGUCCAUCCAGCCACCCGCAACCAGCAGUACCACCACCACCACCAUCAUCACAACUACAUACACCAUAACGGCUGUCCACUCACAUUGCCGUCUCCGCGGGUGCUGUGUCAUUGGUACAGUCACCACCGUCAUCACUUUGUGACUGUCAAUGCCGCAUCCAAGUUGUCGCAUGCCACGAUCAUUCAAGUUUGUGACCGGCAACGUCCCCAUGGGCAGACGCAAUAUGUGCUGCCGACCAAUCGAUAUGGCUGACAAGCGCCGAAGAGGGCAAUGAUUUCAUCCCUUGGACAUUCCACAACGAAUUCGAUUCGCCUGCAUCGCACACCCCUUCAUCGAUUGAUUGAUGUAUCGCCCCGGAUCCGGCACUCCGUUGCUGUCCUUGGACGAGAAGCUUAGCAUUGGUAAUCAGAGUCCCCGUCCCCUCCCAAAGUACCUUGACUUGCAGGAGGAGCAUUUUAACAGGACAGGGCUGCAUUGGGCCGUGGAUCCAGAGGAAUACGAAAGAGGCGGAACGAGAUUGCGCGGACACCUCGGCAAGACAAGCUGGACAAGGUCAUCGGACCCAAAAGUUUCUGACUGCAUCACCGGUAUGGUAUCCAUGUGGUGGUUCCAACUGCCUGAAGCCUGCAGCGGCUCAGCAACGGGCCACCCAUUCCUACCUGGCAAAAAUUCUGGCCCUUUUGCCAUGGCCGCCAUCCAUGCCAAUUGUCGCUGGUUGGCCGGCCCCCUCUUUGCCGCCCUACUGUUGCGCUUGUUGCACACCUACCAGCCGGCCAUGCCCUGCGAUUCAGAGUGGCGCCGUCGAGGCUGCCAUCUGCCUAUGGCUACCAUUGUCCCUGCAAGGCCCUAG